CAGCCAAUUAUUGGGUUAGGCUGUUGAGGGGCGGAGUCCAGCUGUCUGUGGGUUCGGCUGAGCGAAAGUGUGAGGAGUUUAAUGGGAGAAGAAGAGAAGAAACGGGGUAUUUAGUGUUGUGUCCCCCCCAUCCCUGCAUGUGAAAAUGACUCGAUUAGGAUUCCUGCGACUGUCCUAUGAGAAACAGGAUACUCUCCUGAAACUGCUCAUCCUGUCGAUGGCAGCGAUUCUCUCCUUUUCCACCAGGUUAUUUUCUGUUUUGAGGUUUGAAAGCGUCAUCCAUGAGUUUGAUCCGUAUUUCAAUUAUCGGACCACAAGGUUUCUGACAGAGGAAGGUUUUUACAAAUUCCAUAACUGGUUUGAUGACAGAGCCUGGUAUCCACUUGGUAGGAUUAUCGGGGGUACCAUCUAUCCAGGCUUGAUGAUAACUUCAGCUGCUUUUUACCACAUGCUGCACUUCUUCCACAUCACCAUUGACAUCAGGAAUGUGUGCGUCUUCUUGGCUCCUCUCUUCUCCUCCUUCACAACCAUCGUCACAUAUCAUCUGACAAAGGAACUGAAAGAUGCUGGUGCUGGCCUGUUGGCUGCCGCCAUGAUUGCUGUUGUUCCUGGUUAUAUCUCUCGAUCUGUGGCUGGAUCCUAUGACAAUGAAGGUAUUGCUAUUUUCUGCAUGCUUCUCACCUACUACAUGUGGAUCAAGGCCGUGAAGACUGGUUCCAUAUACUGGGCAGCCAUGUGUGCGCUGGCGUAUUUUUACAUGGUUUCCUCUUGGGGCGGUUACGUGUUUUUGAUUAAUCUAAUUCCUCUUCACGUGCUUGUUCUGAUGUUCACUGGCCGAUUUUCGCACCGGAUUUACGUCGCUUACUGCACCGUGUACUGUCUGGGGACCAUUCUGUCCAUGCAGAUCUCAUUUGUGGGGUUCCAGCCGGUGCUGUCCUCUGAACACAUGGCAGCUUUUGGUGUCUUUGGUCUGUGCCAGAUUCAUGCAUUUGUGGAUUACCUGCGGAGCAAGCUAAACCCCCAGCAGUUUGAGGUUCUGUUCCGCAGUGUCAUCUCAUUGGUGGGAUUUGUCCUUCUUACUGUUGGUGCUGUGCUCAUGCUUACAGGUAAAAUCUCUCCAUGGACUGGCCGGUUUUACUCCCUGCUGGACCCGUCUUAUGCCAAGAACAAUAUCCCCAUCAUUGCCUCUGUGUCUGAGCAUCAGCCCACCACAUGGUCCUCGUACUACUUCGACCUGCAGCUGCUGGUCUUCAUGUUUCCAGUUGGCCUGUAUUACUGCUUCAGUAACCUGUCUGAUGCUCGCAUAUUCAUUAUCAUGUAUGGCGUGACUAGCAUGUAUUUCUCCGCUGUCAUGGUGCGUUUGAUGCUGGUUCUGGCUCCAGUCAUGUGUAUCCUGUCUGGUAUUGGGGUAUCUCAGGUACUAUCAACUUACAUGAAGAACCUCGAUAUAAGCCGCCCUGACAAGAAAACAAAAAAACAGCAAGAUUCCACCUACCCAAUCAAAAAUGAGGUUGCCAGUGGCAUGAUUCUAGUCAUGGCUUUCUUCCUGGUCACUUACACAUUCCAUUCCACAUGGGUAACAAGUGAGGCUUAUUCUUCUCCGUCCAUCGUGCUGUCUGCCCGUGGCGGGGACGGCAGCCGAAUCAUAUUCGAUGAUUUCAGAGAGGCUUAUUAUUGGCUGAGACACAAUACACCAGAGGAUGCAAAAGUGAUGUCAUGGUGGGAUUAUGGUUAUCAGAUAACCGCAAUGGCGAAUCGAACAAUCUUAGUGGACAAUAAUACAUGGAAUAACACCCACAUCUCCCGUGUAGGACAGGCGAUGGCGUCCACAGAAGAGAAAGCGUAUGAGAUCAUGAGGGAGCUGGAUGUUAGCUAUGUGCUUGUGAUAUUCGGUGGUCUCACGGGAUAUUCUUCUGAUGAUAUCAAUAAAUUUUUGUGGAUGGUGAGAAUUGGUGGCAGCACAGAUACUGGUAAACACAUCAAAGAGCACGAUUACUACACUUCAACAGGGGAAUUCCGUGUGGACAGAGAGGGAUCACCAGUACUUCUGAAUUGCCUGAUGUACAAGAUGUGCUAUUAUCGAUUUGGCCAGGUCUACACAGAGGCCAAACGCCCACCAGGGUACGAUCGGGUGAGGAAUGCGGAAAUUGGAAAUAAAGAUUUCGAGCUUGAUGUUCUGGAGGAAGCUUACACCACAGAGCACUGGCUGGUCCGAAUAUACAAAGUUAAAGAUCUGGAUAAUCGUGGAUUGUCGAGAACAUAAUUUUGCCUUUAGCUUUCAUACAAACAGCACUGAACGCCUUCACCUGUGAACUCUGAGAUUUUUUUUUUAUACCGUUUCUAUUGACCGACAGAUAUAGAAGUAAUUGGCCGCAGAGUCAUGCUGGUUGCUGUCCAUAUGUGGUGGGAUGGUUGUUAUGAAUGUUACCAAAAUGAUUUUUUUGUUUGUUUUGACUUUAAAGUGGUCGAUUAAAGAUGGGAUAAAAACUG